AUGUCGAGCCUAGCGGAUGAACUGCUAGAUGACCUCGGGGAUCUCGGUGGAGAUACUUAUGCUCAGAAGAGCACAAGAGUCCCAGCGCUGCCUGGUCCCGGGUCCCAGAAGCGCAAGGCUACAGAGGAUGCAGAAGACGAAGAGAUGGCGUCUGGAAGCGACGAGGAGGCGAACGGAGAAGCGAACGUAGGGCUUGUACUGGAGGGAGGAAUGAAACCUGCAGAGGAGCUUGAUGAGGAAGAUGUUGAAGGAAUGGAACUUGGCGGCGUCAAGGACGUCAGGAGCGUGGCGAAGCUAGAAGGAAGUUGGCGAAUGACGGAGAUUCUUAAGUACAACCUUGUCGUCUCAGCGAAUAAUCUUUCUGUCGAUGUCGACAAUGAAAUCCUUGUGGUACACAAAUUCAUUCGUGAUCAUUAUAACCCUCGAUUUCCCGAGCUGCAACAACUCGUCCCCGAUCCCGUCAUGUUCAUCCGCUCCGCACGCGCAUUAGGGAAUGCAGGCGAUCUUACGAAAGCCAACUUGACCACCAUACUCCCCCCCGCCAUUCUCAUGACCAUCGCCUGGAAAGUCGUUAUUGAUGCCUGUGAUCUCGAGGAGCGGCUUGAUGCUGCUCGAAAAAAGAUAUUCAGUUACGUCCAAUCUAGAAUGUCCGUCCUUGCCCCGAACGUCUCUGCCAUCGUAGGCACAAAUACGGCCGCAAAGCUGCUCGCUGGGAAUGUACACCUGUUGGGAGCGCAAAAGAAGAUUGCAGCGGGCUUUUCGACAGCCACGAGGGAGAGACACACUGGAUUUCUUUAUCAGAGUGCGGUUGUGCAAAGUGCGCAAGUGGAGUAUAGGCGGAAGGUUCAGCGGACUGUGGGUGCAAAAGUGUCGUUAGCCGCGAGGAUGGACCUUGACAGGAAAGGGGGGGUUCCGACAUAUGGACGGCAGCUAAGAGAGAAAUUAGAGAAGUACAUAGAAAAGUUGGCCGAGCCUCCACCCCCGAAAGUCGUCAAAGCGCUUCCCGUUCCGACGGAAGGCCCCAAGAAACGUCGAGGUGGAAAACGAGCUCGGAAAGCGAAAGAAGCCUAUGCGCAGACUGAGUUACGGAAAAUGCAGAACCGUUUGGCCUUUGGAGAGGCGGAGGAGGAAGUGGGCGCGUUUGAUGAGACGGUUGGCCUGGGCAUGAUUGGGCAAGGGAAAGUUCGAACUGGCGAGGCUGACGCCAAAAGUAAAGCCAAGCUGUCAAAACAGAACAAACUUCGAUUGCAAAUGCUCAAUCGUGUUGCGGCAGGAACGUCGUCGAAGAUCAGUGGUCUGCAAACAUCUGGUACGGCCACAUCCCUCACAUUUACGCCUGCUCAGGGAUUGGAACUUGCCAAUCCAAGUGCCCUCGCUGCCCGGCUCAAAGCGGCAAACGAUCGUUGGUUCUCUGGUGGGUCGGGCACAUUCUCGCAUAUCCCUGAGAAGAGUGGUGGGAAUGGUUCAGGCAGCGGCACUUCCACGAAAUGA